GUCAUCGUUUUAAGUUGUGGGAUUUAUACACGUAAAUUCGUACUUCACGAAUCGUUUUGGAGAUAGUUAAAUUGAUUUGAAUUGUUCAGAUAACAGGAUUGAUCGUUAAAAUAUGCAUAUUAGGAGAUAAAACACUAGUAGAUAUACAACUGCUUUAAUAAGGGCGUUUCCCUGGGGCCCAGAAUCUAGACGUUAUCACUACUCUCUCAAAAGGAAAGAUAGGAUCAAUCGAUUAAAAAGGGUAAAAGGGAGCAUGUAGUGCUUAGAAUAUUGAGGUUUUAUGAAGUGAUCCAAAUCAUGUACAAUAGCUUUUCCUUCAAGCCUUCUGACUUCGCAUGCAUUUCAUUCCCACUGUGCAGACUGACAUGGAACUGUCUAUAACUAGGAGGAUGCGUAUCUAGGAAACAAUCAACUGUUAGCAAGGGCUAUGAUUAAUGAGGAUCUAAUGAGAGGAAUGGGGGAAAUAUUACAAUAGGCUAUUAGUGGCAGUUAGUAGGGACACCUAGCAUCUAUACAAACAGCAUAUGUAAUAUCUAUUAGAGCUGCAGUGUGGGAUCAAUUUGUCUUGAAUCAGUUAAGACUAUUUCUCAAACAUCUACGAGAAUGGCAGCUUCCAUUCAUUAUCUCAUCAAACACAGCUUUGUAUCAAUCUUAUUGGCUUUAUUAAAUACCACAUGGGCUGUUGAGUGGAGUUUGGAAAAUAAACAAAAAUUCAAUGAUUACGUUAAGGCUGUUAUGGAUUGCCGACAAAUUCCCGGACUCCAGGUGUCCGUUGUGCAAAACGGGAGAGUUAUCUUAACUGAGGGUUACGGUCUGAGGAAUUCAGAGACACGGGCCCCUGUCUCAGCUACUACAAAAUUUCCGAUUGGUUCUCUUACCAAAGCUUUCACCGCUAAUAUUCUCGCUAUGCAACUCAGUCAAAAACCGAAUUUAGGGAAAUAUAAUUGGGAUACCCCGAUAGUGAAAAUAUUCGGUGACACGUUCCAACUUAUGGAUGACAUGCGGACGCAGAAUGUGAACAUCCGGGACUUGUUGUCACAUAGGGUUGGUGUCCCAAGCUACUUCACAGCCCUUUUGACCGGAUUUCCCUCGACAAUUUCCAGGAAAGAAUUAGUAUGGAAAUUGAGGUACAUGCGAUCCGUCCCAGAUUCCUUUCGGUCCAAGCUCAUCUAUAACAACUAUAUGUAUGUAUUGGCUGGUUACAUAUCAGAGCAUCUAGCGAAUGGAACUAGUUGGGAAUCAUUGGUGCGUAAUAUGAUAUUUCAGCCAUUAGAGAUGACGUCAUCAACUUUUGUAGACGUUUUAGAUGACGUCGAAGAUUUCGCUUUUGCCCAUACAACCUUGGAUGGUGUCUUCGAACUUAUAGAUAAUGAUGUUGCAAGGGCAGUCCAUCCUGCCGGACCAGCCGGCUCUAUAGUUUCAAACGCCUUAGAUAUAUCAACAUGGAUGUUGUAUCAGCUCAAACAUGGUCAAGACAAAGAAGGCGUUCCUCUAGUCUCGCGAGAGUUCUUUGACGAGACUUGGAAAGGACAGAUGCCUGAACCAUUUAGUGAGAGAAAUAUCAUACAACCUGAGUUCCCCGUGGAAGAUAUCAAUGUUGCUUAUGAUUUCGGAUGGAUAACUUCAGUGUAUAGAGGUUAUCGUAAGAUAUGGCACUCAGGGGGAAUAUCGACGUACUCUUCAUUAUUAAACCUCUUCCCAGAUAAGAAUGCUGGAGUGUAUGGGGUUGUUAACGGGGGUGGACCUCAUAAAUCAGUAGGUCUCAAGAUGAUACUCAAUUAUGCUUCUGAUUUGCUUCUAAACCAAGAACCAUGGCUCAACCAAUCAACAGCUUGUACGUUUCCUCAACCAUGGGAACCACCUGUUCCCGGAAAUACGUCACCAGUGACAACACCAACAUAUAGGUUGGAUCUGGAAUUAGAUAACGAAUACAAUGGCAACUAUAGUCACCCAAUGUUCGGUGACAUAUCAGUACAUUCAACACUACAUCAGGGCGCUGUCCAACUUAAACUUAACUUCGGACGAUUCGGAGUGUUUUCUUUAAGUCGUUCAGCAGACCUGUCAAAUUCGUUUAAAGCUACGUUUAGCGGUAUACUUUCCUAUUUAUCUACCUCAGAUCUUAAAGUGCCUCCACUAAUGCUGAUAUUUAAAGACAAAAAUAAAGCGGGGAAAAUGACUAGACUUGAGUUCCCUGUAGACCAAAUGAUUAAAACCGAUUUCAUCAGGGAUUUUAAACUAAAUGACAUCAUGGGAAAUAGCAAUGCAAUUACUUGCCCUUGCUGUACUAACAGGGCAUCUAAGAACGCAUAUAAUGGACGAUAUUUUGUACAUAUGGCUAUUAUAUUCAUUUCCAUACAUGUACUGGCUUUAGGGUAGUGUAAAUCAUACUUAUGAUCUAUUGGUAUUGUAAAUAUAAAUAUGGUGUAUAGUUACGAGAAUGUAAAGAGUAUUUGUAUAGUUAUUGCUACAACAAUCGUGUAUAUCGUUUAAAACACAUAGAUCUAUAGUAUAAAGGUUCUACAAAUGUAUACGUUUAUAAAAUAGUUGUUCUCAGUGAUUUUAUAUUUCAUAUUUACUCACAAAUGUUGUAAAUUUGAGAUGCUAAUAAUUUAUGUUAAUAUGAA